UUGAUGCUAAUGGUAUCUUGAAUGUUUCCGCUUUGGAAAAAGGUACUGGUAAGACACAAAAGAUUACAAUUACCAACGAUAAAGGAAGAUUAUCCAAAGAAGAAAUUGAAAAGAUGGUUAGCGAUGCUGAGAAAUUCAAAGAAGAAGAUGAAAGAGAAGCAAACAGAGUUCAGGCCAAGAAUGGUUUGGAAACAUAUGCUUACUCGUUGAAAUCUACCUUGAAUGAAGAACAAAUGAAGUCCAAAUUAGAUGCCAGCGAUAUUGAAACCGUUGUUAAAGCGGCUGACGAAACAAUAUCAUGGUUAGAUUCCAACCAAACUGCUACUCAAGAAGAAUUUGACGACCGUAAGAAGGAAUUGGAAGGUGUAGCUAAUCCAAUAAUGACCAAGGCUUACCAAGCUGGUGCUGUUCCUGGCGAUGGUGCUGGUGCUGGUGGUCCAGGAGGAUUCCCAGGUGGUGCUCCUCCUGCACCAGAAGCAUCUGGUCCAACUGUUGAAGAAGUUGAUUAG